AUGGAGCUGUCGGAUAUGUCCUUCCCCAUCCCGGCCGCGGACGACUUCUACGACGACCCGUGCUUCAACACCAGCGACAUGCGCUUCUUCGAGGACCUGGACCCGCGGCUCGUGCACGUGGGCCUGCUGAAGCCGGAGGACUCCUCCUCCUGCUCCCCGUCGCCCCCUCCGUCCUCCUCCCCCUCCUCCUCCGCCUCCUCCUCUCCGUCCUCCCUCCAUCACCUCCAUCACCACCACCACCGCGCCGAGGCGGAGGACGACGAGCACGUGCGCGCGCCCAGCGGGCUGCACCAGGCGGGCCGCUGCCUGCUGUGGGCCUGCAAGGCCUGCAAGAGGAAGACCACCAACGCGGACCGGAGGAAGGCGGCCACGCUGCGCGAGCGCCGGCGGCUCAGCAAGGUCAACGACGCCUUCGAGACGCUGAAGCGCUGCACGAGCGCCAACCCCAACCAGCGGCUGCCCAAGGUGGAGAUCCUGCGCAACGCCAUCAGCUACAUCGAGGCCCUGCAGGCGCUGCUGCGCGGCGGCGGCGGCGGCGGCGGCCCGGACGACGGCUUCUACCCGGUGCUGGAGCACUACAGCGGGGACUCGGACGCCUCCAGCCCCCGGUCCAACUGCUCCGACGGAAUGGCGGAUUUCACCGGCUGUCCGUCCGCCGGCAGAGGAGCCUUCGACAGCGGCUCUUACUUCCCGGAGGCUCCCGGAGGUGUGAAGAGCGACCGGAGCUCGGUGGUCUCCAGUCUGGACUGCCUCUCCAGCAUCGUGGAGCGAAUCUCCACCGACACCGGCAGCCUGCUGCCCCCCGCUGAAGCCCCCGGCUCGCCGCCGCCGCCGCCACACUCCACCAGCACCACCGCCUCCGCCUCGCUCCCCGACGGCCCCCUCACCACCUCCACCACCAGGCCGGGGUCUGUCCAGCUCCCCUCCCCGACCACCACCCAGGACCCCAGCCUGAUCUACCAAGUCCUAUAG